CUCUUUUAACCAAUAAAAAACCACAGGUCCACGGCUGCUUUUAAAAACAAAAAACAGAGGAAGAGGAAGAGAAACAGAGAGUAGAAAAUCAAGUGUUAGUCCUUUAGCUUUCUAUUUCCCUUUUAACACCCCCCCCCCCCAAAAAAAAAAAAAAAACUAUAUCACACAGCAAGAAAAUCCUGCAGCCUCAGAAAAAAAAUUUAGGGUUUGUAGCUACUGAAUCCGCUUUUGAUCUAGAAUGAAAUUAGUUUGAGAUUAAAAGGAGAUUUGGUGAUUAUUGUGGUUAAAUUUUUGAUGGAUGAGAUCUGGGAAAGAGCAGUGGAGACAGCAUUAGAGGGGCAAACAGAUAACUUAGCGGUAAGAGCCCUAACCCUAGACGGUGCUGUUAAGUGUAUACAAGGAAGAUUACCAGCAGCUCCAAGUUUAUUUGAAAAAUUCGAGAAUCUUCAACACCUAUCUAUUGCAAGUAUUGGCGUUUCAACGUUAGAGCAAUUUCCUCGUCUUGGAAAUCUAGAGAAAUUAAUUUUAUCUGAUAAUAGAAUCUCUGGUGGAUUAGAAUUUCUGGUGGAAGCUGGACUCGAUUCGCUUCGGGAUUUGGAUUUGUCAAAUAAUAGGAUUCAGUAUAUUGAAGAUCUAGCACCUUUGGCUAAGUUAAGGUUGGUUUCGCUUGAUUUGUACGAGUGUCCGGUUACGAGAGUCAAGGAUUAUCGGGCUAGGGUUUUUGGAUUGAUUAGUUCGUUGAAGUAUUUGGAUAAAAUGGAUGCCGAGGAGAAUGAGAGACCGGAGUCUGAUGAUGAGGAGGAGGAAGAGGAGGAGGAGGAGGAGGAUCCUGGGAGUGGUGAGGUUGAUGGGGAGGGGGAAAGGCCGUUGGGGAUGAAUAACGGGCAUAGUGAAGUUGGGGAAGGGAUUGUUGAUGUGGAUGAGGAAGAGGAGAGCGAGGCGGAUGAGGAGGAGGCAGAGACGGGGAGAGAUGGUAAUGGGGUUAGACAGAAUGGGUUUCGGGUUGAGGUAGUGGACAGGAGGGAGGAGGAGGGAGGGGAGGGGGAGGAGGGAGAUGAGUUUGGGGAAGAGGAAAUUGAUGAGGAUGAUGAUGAUGUGGUGGAAGUGCAUGAGAUUGGUGACGAUAGUGACGAGGAUGAUGAUGCUGUGGAGUAUGAGGAGGAGGAGGAGGACGAUGAUGAUGACAACGAAGAUGAUGAUGAAGAAGAUGAAGAGGGGGAGGAGGAGGAGGUGGAUAAUGAUGAAGGGGAUCUUGGUGAGCCGGAGAGUACAGGAAGAUUAACGAGUACAGAAGGGGAGAUUGAUGGGCAUGAGCAAGGGGAGGAUGAUGGUGAAGAGGAUGAUAAUGGAGAGACUGGUGAGGAGGAGCAAGUUGUUGAGGAUGAUGGAGAGUUUGACGAUGAGGAAGAUGGUGAGGAGGAGGAUGAAGACUCCGAUGAAGGGUACUUGGUUCAACCAGUGGGGCAGGCAGAAGUUCAUCAUGAUACUGGAGGCAGUGACUUGGAGCCAGGGAAUGAGGAAGAUGAUCCUGAAGGGGAGGAAGAAGUUGAUGAUGAUGAUGAAUUGCAGAUGUUACCAUCAUCGUCACACCUUAAGAGGAAGAGAGAUGAAGAUGAGGAGGAAGAUGGUGAGGAGGAGGAGGAUGAUGAGGAGGAGGAUGUUGUUGAAUAUACAAAGUCAUCAUCGAAGAAGCACCAUUAGCUCUUCUUCAAUCUCCUGGCAGGUGUGGAGGCCAUGUGUCCACUUGAGAGCUCAAUCUCAAAGAAAUCAAUUCAGCAUCAUCUUCACCACCAGCUCUAAAAUGCGCGCGCGCACACGGAAAAAAAAAAAAAAAACACCUUGAAUCACGUGACGUGGGACCUGGUAUAUUAUUUGGCUAGGAGGAGCAGGUGCAUCAUGUGAAUCUGAUCAGGCGGUAUUAAAGUUUUUGACACUUCCUCUUCUCUCUUGAGAUUGGACUGUCAUUUUGCUUGCAUCAGGUGCUUCGGACACAGGUGAACCCAAACAACUAGUAGUAGAGAAAGUAAUUGAGCCAGCCAACCCUAGUUUUUCUCUAGCUUUUAGCCCAGGCCAAGCCGAGGCUGAGGCUUUGAAAGACUUGACCGGCUGCGACUCCGGGCCCUCAGUGAAGAAGUGGACAUGUCUCUAUCUUGUUGGUUUUCCCCAAAUUAACUUUGUUCAAAAAUCAGAGAAUAAUAAAAGAAUAUCUGGGACUUUUUUUUUUUUUAA